AUUGGAUGAGCUAUUGAGCUCGACCUUUGACAUUCAAAAUGGCGGAAAAGUUUGAGAAUUGCGCAUAGUUUUGAUGUUUGUUUGAAUAUCUCGCUCCGUUGUGGUACCUUCUUGGCCUCUUUCACUUUCUAGGUGAGCUGAUAACAUUGACAACCAAACGAAGAUUCUAUAUGUGGUUUUGCCAGUCUCAUGUUCAAGAUAUUCCCAACACUUGCUUGCUGACUGAAACCAGUACUAUGGAGACCAAAGUUUUAGACGGCGGUCUGGCAACAGAGCUGGACUUUGCUGGCUUUAACAUCAAUGAUGACCCUCUGUGGAGUGCCAGGCUGCUGGCCACAAACCCUGCUGCUAUCAAACAAGUCCACAAAAGUUUUCUGACAGCUGGGUCAGAUGUCAUCAUCACUGCUACCUACCAGGCCAGUAUUCCUGGGUUCCAGGAGUACCUAGGAGUAUCAGUGGAGGAAGCACACAAACUCAUGGACCACGGAGUCAGGAUAGCCAAGCAGGCAUGUCUGGAGUUCUCCAAGGAACGGGAGAAAGGAGACUCUCCAGGUAGAAGAACUCCCUUGGCUGCAGGAUCAGUAGGGCCGUAUGGAGCCUGUCUUCACGAUGCAUCAGAGUAUACAGGAGAAUAUGUGGACACUAUGUCAAUAGAGGAACUACAGAGGUGGCACAGACCGAGACUAGGACAGCUCAUCACCAGCGGGGCAGACAUGGUUGCCAUAGAAACUAUCCCCGCCCUUAAAGAGGCCGCUGCUCUGGUCCAGCUACUCAGGGAGUUCCCCAACACUCGAGCAUGGGUCACGUUUUCCUGCAAGGAUGGGUUACACACCUGCCAUGGUGAGAGUUUCCCGGAGGCUGUAGCAGCUGUCCUGAAGUCGCCGCAGGUGUUUGCAGCUGGUGCCAACUGCUGCAUGCCCGAGCAUGUGGCUCCCCUGCUGCAGAAGGCCAGGGAGCUGUGCAGGGAUCCCGCCAAAUUCUUCAUCGCGUAUCCCAACAGUGGGGAAAAGUGGGCAGCAGGAACAGGCUGGUAUGGGAAGGCUGACUGUUGUCCCCUGAGUACUUACGUUCCUGAGUGGUUAGAUCUGGGGGCAAGGUGGAUAGGAGGGUGCUGUAGGACCAGACCUGAUGACAUCAAGGACAUCAGAACCUCCAUAGAGCAAUGGAAGAAGACCACUGGAUAGUGUAGAAUAUACUAUAUAUCAUGUUUUGUGUGUGUGAAGAAAUCCUGUGUGUUAUUUGGAGCACAUUUUUUAAUGCUUACUGGAGCAGAUGUUUUUAUGGUGCACUUUAAUCAUGGCUGGGAUGAAUUAUUCAAAGAUCUUAAUAAUCUUUUACAAAUA